AUGUCCGACCUCCCCGAAGUCUACCAACCCCUCCCCCAAUCCUCCCCUCACGCCGGGCACACCGGCCCCCACUACGGGGGUCCACGCCCCGAGUCCGAGGGACUACAAGUCCACAGCGCAUACGUCGAGAAUUACAACAAAGCGCCCUACUCCGAUAACCCAGCGCUGGGACCACAACUGCCGUAUCAGCCGUCGUAUCAACAGCAGCCAUACCAGCAGCAGCUGCCGCAGGGACAGCAGGGGCAGUAUAUCAACCCCCCCCCAGGCGGGCAGUAUGCAGAGAAUCAGCCGGGGGGGUUCAUGCAGGCUGCGCCGUAUGCGAUGCAGCCUGAUGAGAAGGGGAGGAAGAAGCGGAUCUGUGGGUUAUCGGUGGUGGUAUUCUGGUGUCUGGUAGUUGCUGCGUUGUUAAUUGUCAUUGGGGCCGUGGUGGGUGGUGUGGUGGGGAGUCAGAAGUCGAAGGAUUCGCAUGGUGCUGGUGCAUCUGCUGGUGGUGAUACUGCUGGGUCGUCGUCGUCGGCGGCGGCGGGUGUGACGACGACGCCGACUGCGACGACGACGGAUCCUACUUCGACGGACGCGACGGCUACGACUGCCAGUGCUACGGCGACGGCAAGGUUCGACGAGGGCACGUUUUACCGCUUAUCGAAUCAGUAUCUCAAGCGCGAAUACUCCCUCGACAUCCAAAAGGACAACGGCACCUUCUCGCGCAAGCUCAACAUGUCCCUCACAGCCGACAGCGACGGACAGUACUGGCAGAUCAAAAAAGUGCCCGACGCGGACGAGCGGUACUGGUUCGCCUGCCUGUACCUCGGGAAGGGUAUUCGCCUGUUUCUGGAUCCGUCGGAUCGGAUUAAUCCGUUGAUGGAGGAGGCGGAUGAUACGGUGACGGGGCAGCAGUGGAAUGUGAGGAGUGAGCUGGAUGGGACGUGGAGGAUUAGUAAUGCGUUGGGGAGUGCGGGGGCGCAGUUGAGUACGUAUAGUGAUACACAUGGGUUGUUUAUGGAUAUGGAGGAUGAUACGGGGACGGAGUGGAGUAUUGCGGAGGCGAGGAAGAUUGUGGCUGGGGAUGGGUUUUUGUAG